UGGAGCCGCGGAGACUGCAGCCGGAGCCCAGCGCGCGGACCAGAAAGUCCCUCGCGUGGAUCGGCAAACGUCGCCCCUUCUCCUGGAGCUCACCCUCUUUCUCUUGCUCCUGCUACUGCUGACCCGGCAAAGGGAGCCGACAGGGCCCCAGGCUGAAGGUAAAACCCCACGGAAGGAACAUGAAGUUCCCUUGGAUAUCACUGAAGAAGAAGAUGGGAGGGGCCAUUUAAGAGAGAUUAUAAGUUGGAGGCUGCAAGGCUGGGGCCAGAAGGCUGGCAGUGGAAAACGCUGUUGAGCUGUGAUCUCUCACUGAAAAGUUCCAAGUGCCUUUUUGCUUCCUGUAAAAGAAAGGAAGAGAAGGAGGAAACCAUGUCUAUAGCCCUGAAGCAGGUGUUCAACAAGGACAAGACCUUUCGGCCCAAGAGAAAAUUUGAACCCGGCACGCAGAGGUUUGAGCUGCACAAGCGGGCUCAGGCGUCCCUCAACUCAGGCGUGGACCUGAAGGCAGCCGUGCAGCUGCCUAGUGGAGAAGACCAGAAUGACUGGGUGGCGGUGCAUGUGGUGGACUUCUUCAAUCGUAUCAACCUCAUCUAUGGCACCAUCUGUGAAUUCUGUACCGAGCAGACCUGCCCUGUGAUGUCAGGGGGCCCCAAAUAUGAGUAUCGGUGGCAGGAUGACCUUAAGUAUAAGAAACCAACUGCAUUGCCAGCUCCCCAGUACAUGAACCUUCUUAUGGAUUGGAUCGAGGUCCAGAUCAAUAAUGAGGAUAUAUUUCCAACAUGUGUGGGUGUUCCCUUCCCAAAGAACUUCCUUCAGAUUUGCAAGAAGAUCCUGUGCCGCCUUUUCCGAGUCUUCGUCCAUGUCUACAUCCACCACUUUGACCGGGUCAUUGUGAUGGGCGCAGAGGCUCACGUCAACACCUGCUACAAACACUUCUAUUACUUCGUCACAGAGAUGAACCUCAUAGACCGCAAGGAGCUAGAGCCCUUGAAAGAGAUGACGAGCAGGAUGUGUCACUAAUGCUCCAUCUCGUCCUUCGGAAGAAAGGAAAGCCGUUUCCUCCUGGAGCCCCAGGUGGACAGAAAGCGGACCUCCCUGGAUGAAAUGGUGCACCUACUUCCCGGAGCAGAAGAGGUGGAGUCGAUCAGUGACCCCCGAGAGACACGUUCCCCACUCACUUCAUGUGCUCUUAACCCUCUGAGUGCUGCUAGACCAGACCUGUGGACCAGAAGACCACAACAUGGAAGAAGGACCAGCCCUUGACCCUUCCGGCUCAGGAAUCGUCCAGGAGGGGCCUCUGCACUUCCGUGCAUGUCAUGGUUCUGCCUGUGACCUGCCGCCUAAGCUUUACUGGAAUUCAGGUUUUAAGACUGAGAUGUUUAUUAGUACCUUUCCACUUACCUGUCUUGUCAGCCGGUUGACUUUUAGGUCAUUUGUUUUCUAAGUACCAAGUGAAUUUGGGAACUUUGGAUACACAGCAAGUUUUUCUAUAGCAAGCCUUCCUUUUGGGUCUCUGAAAGCUCCCACUCUGAUCCUGUGGCUUCACAUUCUGCAGGGCUGUGGAGCUGUGAGAUCAGAAGCCCAUCUGGCAGCAUCCAUGCCAUUUCCCUAAGAAGCAGUUCUAUCAGGGACCACUCCAGGGCCUGGCUUGUCUCUGUUCCAAACAGGGUCUUCACAAUCUAACUCCAGGGAAGAGACUGGCCACUCGCAGAAAGCUAACAAGUUACCAGUUUGCCCUGAUCAGAAUGUACUUUUUUUUAGUAAGCAUCACUCCCUGACUCUCCUAUUGAUAUUCUUUCCUGUUUCCCAGAAAAGAGAAAUAAAAGAAAGUUACAAAUGACCAAGAAUGGUCAGUAAGAUCCCUGAGCCACAUUAGUGCGGUGUUUGUUCUGUAAAGAGCAGGGAGUCCUGGCUGGACAAUUGGUUAUUUGGUGUAUGUCAGUGAUACACCCACUCUGUUGAUUUGUCACCUUACUCACUGGCUCUCUGAGCUUGAAACCCAACCAGUCUUCUUUCUCCUCUGCCAUGUUAUGUUAUGGCACAAAAUUAACUCCUGGAAAGUCCCAUUGAUUGUGCCCAGUUACCAAGGUGGCAGUAGAGCUGGAGCUAACUUUGUUAUUCCAUUUUUUUCCCCCAAUUUUUCUCUUUCAGUAGACAGAAUAACACAGUCUGCACUGUGCCCUGCCUUUUGAAACCUAACAUAGUUGUAAUUGAUGAAAUGUCGACUUCUCUGAUUCAUUCACAAAAACCGUGGUCCUGUCAGCCCAGCCUGUGACGAGGGGGUAAUAAUACUUCCAGUGAUAAUUUGAGUUUAAUGAAAUAUCUGUUGGUGGAGGGAAGUAGAUAAGAAUGUAUUAGCACACUUAAUAUAAUAACAAUUAAAAGAGAAAUGAGCGA